AUGAGGCUCUGUUUCGGCGACGAUGGACGUAAUCCUUCCAGCCUCGUUGACCAAUUGCGCCCUCACCGUGCCCGUUCAGAUUUCUCACUUCUGCCCGACAUCUUCCUUCCUACAUCUCUGCAUGGCUUUUACAGCUCCUUGAAUGCCUUUAUCCUCUCAAUGGACGGUUACGUCGACGCUGCUGUGGUGCCAGCGCAUCGCGCGUCCAUGGAAUCCGACAAUGAGCGGCCGCCGCGAUUCCACGAGCAGCAGCCGCUCAGAACGCUGGACGUUGCCUGCCUAAUCAUCAACAAGAUGAUAGGCGGCGGCAUAUUUGUUUCGCCGCGUAUAGUCGCUCAUCUGACGGGCAACAAGCUUGUCGCCUUGUCGCUCUGGGUUUUUGGUGGAGUGUACUCGUUCUGCAGUGUUUACAUUUAUCUCGAGUAUGGCCUCGCGUGGCCUUACAAUGGCGGCGAAUUCAUCUAUAUCUCCAAGAUCUUUCCCGUCCCUCCUCUUUUGUUUGCCUGCGCCUUCUCGUGGGUUUUCAUCGCAUUCGCAACUCCUACCACGAAUUCGAUCACCUUUGCGCGGUACAUCGACCCGACCCGAGCGAGCGAUCCGGACAUCUGGUUCACCAAGUUUUUCGCCUGCGUGAUUGUGGUCGGAAUGUGCGCGGUACACUAUCGGUUCGUGAACAUUGGCAUCUGGGCGAAUGAUCUUUUGGCGGUAUACAAGGUGCUGUUCCUGCUGGUCCUGGUCCUGGCCGGCUUUGUGGAGACCUGUCGCCAGGGAGCCGACGGUCGCCUGCUGGGGGUAGGGGACUACACCACGACCCACGGGGACCCUUCGCCGACGAAUGUUGCGCUGGCCAUCUUGCAGGUCCUCUACAGUUAUCAAGGGUGGGAAAAUGCUAAUUACGUGACCUCAGAGAUCAAGGGCGAAGGAGAGCACAAGAAGCGCAGGUUGAAGCGAGGAGCCCUGAUCGCUAUCAGCAUCGUGAUGUUUCUUUAUAUUUCGCUCAAUAUGUUUGUGUUCUUUAUCCUUGACUUUGACUCGGUUACCGACCCUGAGCAUAAUGUCGCCGCUGAUUAUGCCAUCCGGGUGUUUCGAACGAGUCAUACCAAGAUGGCAAGCCACGCUAUUUAUGUUAACAUCGCAUUGGCUGCUGCUGGCAACAUCAUCGGGGUUACCUUUAGUAACGCACGAGUGAACCGCGACAUUGCAAGGCAUCGCCUCAUCCCUUUUUACAAAUUCUUCGCUAAGAGCUCCGACUACGGGAGCACUCAAUGGGACAACCUGGGCACGCCGACCGGUGGCCUGAUACUCCAAGCUCUGGUCACCUGCAUCACCAUUGCCUCCUUCAAGCCAUUCCAAACCACACUUACCUUGUACACCUACGGGCAUGCCGUAGUGUGCUGCGCACUGGGUGUUGGGGUGUUUUUUAUCCGUAAACGAAUGAUGCAGUACGAGACCAAGUCUGCCGAUCCAGCCAGGACGGGAUAUGCAGUCCCCUGGAACUACCAGGUAAUGAAGACACGCCGGUUCCGCUACACGGCGACCGUCUUCUUUAUCAUUGUCAACCUAUUCCUCGUCAUCGUCCCGUUCAUACCCUCCGACAACCCGGACGGAACCCCCAGAGAUACACCUUCGUGGGUGCAGCCCGUUAUUGUCACUGCUCUCUAUGCCUUCGGAGCCGCGGCCGCUCUUUAUAUUCUUAUUUUCGUCGAUAGUCUUACCUUCCGCGGCAGCAACUAUAGCCUUCAUAAACCGGGCGACAUGAGCGGCUUUGUCAACUAUAAUAACCGACGGUGGAUCGUGAGAUACCCAGGAUACCCAGACUGGCCGUCAGAUCUGAAAAGCGCGCUCAAGCUGAUCCCGACGGUUCUGACGCCGCUUCCUUGGGGAACGAUCAAGGAAAGAUUUUUCAUGAACGGUGAAGCUGCGGCUGCGGAGGAGCAUAGGCGCCAGGCUGAGCAGCAACUGGGAAGGACUUACAGGAUGAAUAGUAGGGGCUUUGCUAGAUGA